CAAGGGGGCGUGGGCUUGUAGGCUAGGGGGCGUGGGCUUGUAGGCUAGGGGGCCUUCGCCUUUAAGGGGCGGGGUUGCGCCUGCUGUGGCGGAAGCGGAUUUGCUGGGAGGAGUCCCCGGAAGUGAUGCACGGAGAAGUCCACGUGUGCGGUUCCACUCCACAUGGCUGUGCUUCUGAAGAGGUUGUUGCAUCCCCGGAGACCCCCGGAGGCCUUGGGCCGCCCCUUGGGACGGCGCGAGGCCAGCCUGGGCACUCAUGUCGGGCCUGCGGUGCGAGUGCGGUUCGCCCCCAGCCCCACAGGCUUCUUGCACCUUGGCGGCCUCCGCACUGCCUUGUACAACUACGUCUUUGCCAAGAAGCACGGAGGGAGCUUCAUCCUGAGGCUGGAGGACACGGAUCAGACCCGCCUUGUGCCUGGGGCAGCGGAGAAUAUAGAGGACAUGCUGGAGUGGGCAGGCAUCCCCCCUGACGAGAGCCCCCGCCGGGGAGGUCCUGCAGGGCCCUACCUGCAGUCUCAGCGACUUGCGCUCUACGCCCAGGCCACCGAAGCUCUGCUGAAGAGCGGCGCUGCAUACCCGUGUUUCUGCUCACCCCAACGGCUGGAGCUCCUGAAGAGGGAGGCCCUAAGGAACCAUCAGACACCCCGGUAUGACAAUCGGUGCCGGAGCCUGAGCGAGGCGCAGGUGGCCCAGAAGCUGGCCAAAGACCCCAAGCCUCCCAUCCGCUUCCACCUGGAGGGGGAGGCGCCUGCCUUCCAGGACUUGGUGUACGGCUGGAAUCGGCAUGAGGUGGCCAGUGUGGAGGGGGACCCAGUCAUCCUGAAGAGCGACGGCUUCCCCACCUACCACCUGGCCUGUGUGGUGGACGACCACCACAUGGGCAUCAGCCACGUGCUGCGGGGCUCCGAGUGGCUGGUCUCCACCUCCAAGCAUCUGCUCCUCUACCAGGCCCUGGGCUGGCAGCCCCCGCACUUUGCCCACCUGCCCCUGCUCCUCAACAGGGAUGGCAGCAAACUGUCCAAGAGGCAAGGGGACAUCUUCCUGGAGCAUUUUGCUGCCGCCGGCUUCCUGCCAGAUGCCUUGCUCGAUAUCAUCACCAGCUGCGGCUCAGGGUUUGCAGAGAACCAGAUGGGCAGGACCUUGCCAGAGCUGAUCUCACAGUUUGACCUGACCCGGGUCACCUGCCACUCAGCCCUGCUGGACCUGGAGAAGCUCCCAGAAUUCAACAGCUGGAAGGUGUCAUUCUUCAAACCCCACCCACUCCACUGGGGAAGAGGGUUGUCUGGGCUGGAGAUGCCCGUGGCAGGAUGGUCCCUUGGCUUCCCCGGCAGGCUGCACCUCCGCCGGCUGGUGAGCGAUGAGACCCAGAGACGCCAGCUGGUGGGGAAGCUACAGGCUCUCGUGGAGGAGGCAUUCGGGAGCCAGCUGCAAGACAGGAAUGUGCUGGACGCAGCCUACGUGGAGAGGAUCAUCCUGCUGAGACAGGGUCACAUUUGCCACCUGCAGGAUUUGGUCUCCCCAGCGCACUCCUACCUGUGGACUCGCCCUGCUGUGAGUCGAGCGCAGCUGGGCGCCAUCUCGGAGAAGGUGGACAUCAUUGCCAAGCGUGUGCUGGGGCUUUUAGAAGGACCCGGUAUGAGUUUAACUCAGGACAUGCUGAACGGAGAACUGAAGAAGCUGUCAGAAGGUCUGGAAGGCACCAAACACAGUAACGUGAUGAAGCUCCUCCGAGUGGCCCUCAGUGGACAGCUGCAAGGACCUCCUGUAGCUGAGAUGAUGUUGUCCUUGGGACCAAAGGAAGUGCGGGAACGAAUACAGAAGGUGCUUUCCAGCUAGAGAGAAGGUGUGCAGGACAGCAGAGGUGGCCACAGGAACUGUUCUUGUGGGACCUGCCCUCAGAGGGGAGGAGCAGGAGGCCUGGGGCCCAUCGGAAGCUUGUGGAAGGAACCAAGAAUGGACACACAACCUCUGGGUGCACAGGUGCAUUUAUGGCUCCACGCCAGGCCCAUCCUUAUCAGUUGGCCAGGGUCACCGAGCCCCCCUCACCUACCUGACGCUGGAAAGGAAGGCCUCACUUAUGGUUCUGACACCACAGUACACAGCAGAGGUUAGGAGCUGGCUCACUGAGCAGUCGCAGCUCAUGUUUUAGUCUGCUCGGGCUGCUAUGAAAAAAUAUCACAGAAUGGUGGCUUAAAUAACAGAAAAUGAUUUUCUCACAGUUGUGGAGGCCAGCAGUCCAAGAUCAGGGUGUUGGCAGGUUUCGUUUCUCCUGAGGCCUCGCUCCUUGGUUUGCAGACGGCUGCCUUUUUGCUCUCUCCUCACAAGGCCUUCCCUCUGUGUGUGCCCUCGGUACCUCUGUUUGUCCAAAGGCCCUCUUAAGAGGACACCAGUGAGAUUGGGUUAAGGCCCACGCUCACGGCCCAGUUGGAACUUAAUCACUUCUUUAAAGGCCCUGUCUGCAAAUUUUGUCACAUUCUCAGGUACAGAGAGGUUAGGGCUUCACAUGUGAGUUUUGAGGGGAACACAACUCAGCCCAUGCAUAACAGCUUGGCAGCAGCCUGGAUCCCUGGGUCCCAGUUCUCGGGCCCAGUUUGACUGUUUUUUAAUUUAUUUAUUUUUGGCUGUGUUGGGUCUUGGUUGCUGUGCACGGGCUUUCUCUAGUUGCGGUGAGCGGGGGCUGCUCUUCGUUGUGGUGCGUGAGCUUCUCAUGGCGGUGGCUUCUCUUGUGGAGCACGGGCUCUAGGCACACGGGCUUCAGUAGUUGUGGCACGUGGACUCAGUAGUUGUGGCAUGCGGGCUUAGUUCCAUGGCAUGUGGGAUCUUCCCGGACCAGGGCUGGAACCCGUGUCCCCUGCAUUGGCAGGUGGAUUCUCAACAACCGUGCCACCAGGGAAGCCCCCAGUUUGAGUCUGGAGCAAUGACUGACAAGCUGGGCUGAAGUGGCUUGUUAGACUUUCUUUGGGGCUUAUAAGGGAAGAACCCACAAAUCUGCCCAGGGGGAACACUUAACGUUUUAUACUACUCUUUGUCCUUGGGCUUGGGGCAGCCUGUAUCUCCCUUCCCUAAAGUUUGUCUCUUCCUCUUUUCCAGUUCUCCCCCGGUCCUUGGACUGGAGACCUCUACCCUGCCUGCUCUGCAUCUUUUUCUUCAUAUUUGCCUCCUUCUUCCACCCAUCAUUUGUAAAUCACUGUCUGUGGGUUUCUGAAAUGAGAUGUUCUUCUUGGGGUGAAUAGGAAUAGCUGAAGUGGAAGGAGGAUGGUGGCCGGCUACAAAGACCCCUACACAGCUACUGGGCUUCCCCUUUGUAGCCCCCAGUCAUCGCUGCCUCCUGGCAUUCACACUGAAUAGGGCUGACUUCUGUGUGGUGUGUCAUGGCUUCCAUGUUGUUCUCUUGGAUCCCUUACUCUGUGGGAAGCCAGCUUCCACACUGUGAAGACAGUCAGAGAGACAAGGAUCGGAGGCCUUUGGACAACAGCCGUAUGAAUGGACCAUCUUGGGAGUCAGUCUUCCAGCCCCAGUCAAGCCUUCAGAUGACUGCAAUGCUGGCUGACAUUUGACUGCAGCGUUCUUUUUUUUUUUUUUUAAUUGGAGUGUAGUUGCUUUACAAUGUUGUGUUUGUUUCUGCUGUACAGCAAAGUGAAUCAGCCACACGUAUACAUAUAUUCCCCUCUUCCUUGGAUUUCCUUCCCAUUUAGGUCACCACAGAGCAUUGAGUAUAGAGUUCCCUGUACUAUACAGUAGGUUUUCGUUAGUUAUCUGGUUUAUACAUAGUAGUGUGUAUGUGUCAAUCCCAAUCUCCCAAUCCAUCUCACCCCCUCAUCCCCCUUAGUAUCUAUACGUUUGUUCUCUAUGUCUCUGUUUCUGCUUUGCAAAUAAGUUCAUCUGUACCAUUUUUCUAGAUUCCACAUACGUGUUAAUAUACGAUAUUUGUUUUUCUCUUUCUGACUUACUUCACUCUGUAUGAAAGUCUCUAGGAACAUCCUCGUCUCUGCAAAUGGCACAAUUUCGUUCCGUUUUAUGGCUGAGUAAUAUUCCAUUGUAUAUAUGUACCACAUCUUCUUUAGCCAUUCCUCUGUUGAUGGACAUUUAGGUUGGUUCCAUGUCCUGACUAUUGUAAAUAGUGCUGACUGCAGCCUUCUUGAAAGAUCCUGAGCCAGAACCACUAAGCAAAGUUGCUCCUGAAUUUCAGACAUACAGUUAUGAGAUAAUAAAUAUUUAUUGUUUAAAGCCACUUAGCUCUGGGAUAAUUUGUUACCCAGUAAGAAAUUGCUAAUACACUGUCUUUUUCCAGGGGAAUAGGGAAAGGGGAUUAAAGAAUUUGCUGAGUUUCACAGAGACCUAAUCCUUGCUUGAAAAGUACAUCAGAUAAAGUUCUUUGAUGGCAAGCAAUGGAAACCAGCUCUGCCUAACUUAGGUUUAUUGGAGACUUUAAGUUUAUGGGAGUUUAAAUUUGUGAAAAAGUCAUAGACUCUAUGGGAAAGCCAAAGAACCAGGUCUUGGAAAAGACAGGAACCAGGGAAGCUCUGAGCAUGCAGGCAGCAGGAGCUCAUGGCCAGUCUUGUCUGUGUUCUUCAGUGGGAACACAUGAACUCUUAACUAUUUUUUGUUAUGGUUUCUCUGUAUUUUUUCCCCUUCAGUUUUGGAUGAUUCAGCUAAAGAUUCAGAUUCUAAGAAGAGAGUGGUUGGGCUAACUGAGGUCAUGUUACCAUUCCACAGCCAGGAAUAUAUCCAAUGGAGGAAAAGUUCCCAAGGAGAAGUAGGGUGGUUUUUCCAGAAGAAGGGGCAAUGGCAGAAACAACAGGUGUUCCGCCAAAGGGGACACAGAAUAAUAAUGCUUGCAAUUUAUUUUGCGUUCACAUGAGCCUCAGCCACUUCUGGGUUUCAAAUUAUGCUGGUAGGGGACUUCCCUGGUGGUUCAGUGGCUAAGACUCCAUGCUCCCAAUGCAGGGGGCCUGGGUUCGACCCCAGGUCAGGGAACUAGAUACUGCAUGCAUGCCGCAACUGGGAGUCUGCAUGCUGCAACUAAGACCCGGUACAACCAAAAUAAAUAAAUAAAUAUUAAAAAAAAAUUUAUGCUGGUAAACACUUUAGUUCAUCGUCUCUUUAAAUCUUCACAACCCCAUGAGACAGGCAUUAUUAUUAUGGUUGUUGUUUCUAUGUUUUAGAUAGGGGGACUGAGGCUCAGAAAAGUUGAUCAACUCUUCUGAGGUUUUAGUAUGAGGCUUACGACAACCCAGAGUCCAACCUCAACUCUUGUCACUGAGUGACAUCAGAGCCUUCGAUUCUAAGACAUCAAGUAUGCUUACAAGAAACUCUAGCUGUUGGUUAGGGAAUCUGACUGUUUUAACAAAAUGAGUGAUCAAAUUGCUGAGUCGAUAAAGUUGUGGCCACUUCCUCGGUUGGAGUGAGUUGUCUGAGAAGCAGCAUGUAUCCUCUGCUCUGGGGUUUUGCUCAGGAUCAGAAGGAAUGUGUAAAAGGACUUCACAGUUUAAAUAACCUCAAGUCCGUCCCCCAGUGUUUUUUCAGAGUAUAGUGAAGUGAAGGCCAUAGAGGCCAACUGUCUAGACUCAAAAACUGGUUCUGCCACUUACUGUGUGACUUCUGUAGCUCAGUUUCCUCAUUUGUUAAAAUGGGGAUAACAGUUGUAUCUGUCUCAGCAAAUUGUAAGAAUCAAAAUAGAUGACAUAUGUAAAGUUCUUAAAACAGUGCCUGGCACUCAACAAAUGUUAUCAAUUACAGUCAUCCUCAUCACCAGUAUUUUCAUCCUUAGAGAUGCUGAUCUUGGUUGCAACACAUAGAAACACACUCAGACUAACUUAAACCAUGAAAGUAAUUUACUGGAAGAUUUAGGACCCACAGAUCCCAAGGGCAGGACUUCCAGCUGGACUUUACAAGAGACUGGAAUCUGUACCCAAAAACCUAUUAGGACCCAACACACUCACCUUUAUCCCUCUGAAACUGCAGUUUCUAACCUUCGUCUCUGUCUGGGUGUCUGCUACUCUCAUCUUUCUUCUGCAGGCUGGCUUUCUCUUAUCUCUGCAGCUGUUGAACAACUGCCCCAGCCCUAAAGCUGAAUCAUCUCCCCUCUGCUACACUGCCAAUUCAAUAAUUAGUAUUCCAUGUCCAAAAUCCCAGGAGAGAAUCUGAUUGGCCUAGCUUGGGUCAGCUGUCUACCCCUGGUCCAAUCAACUGUGGCCAGUGGGACAGAGUCAUGUAAGCAAUCAUGGCUGCAGGAGACCACUCUAGUGAUGGAGAGGGCCGUUCCUCCCCCUGAGCGUAUUCUCUUUCCAUGGAGUUUAGAGUAUACCUUUGCCAGAAAAUUACUAUUUUUCUGUAGGCAACUUUGGAAUCUCAUUCAUAUUGCCUUUAUCCUAGCUUGUUUUUUUCCUCAUAAUGCUUAUUACUAUAUGAAAUUAUGUAGUGUAUUUGUACAUGUUUAUUGUCUGUCUUACUCUAAAGAUAAGAUUGAGACAGGCAAUAAGUUUUUCUUAUUCUUGGUUGUAACCAUAGCACCUGACACAUCGUCUGACACAUAGUAGGGAGUCAGGUAAGCUCUCAUGAUGAAAAAAAUGUUUGAGGCCUUCAUCAGUCAGAUCAGUUUCUUCAGAAGUGGCAAUUAUCAGCUGAUCUAACUCUGCCAGAUUCCAACAGUUUCCCAGUUUCACUUUCAUUGAUUCUGGGGAAUCACAUCUCUUUUGCAAGAUUUGCAGUUGUAGUUAGCUAUCUGAUCUAUUGCCUGUAAAUUGCACCAAAUCCAGCUAUCUGUGAGAGACUGACCUCUGACAAAGACUUUGAAGACUGAGAUAGAUGGAAUACUUCAAUAUAGAGGGGUGUUUAGUGGGACCUAAAUUAGAAAUUGUCUAAUUGAUUAAAUAUGUUUGUCUUAUGAUGAAAUUCCCUACCUUCCCAGGGACCAGGAUAAUAAAUACUUAGAAAAUGAGGACUUCCUGGGUGAGGGCAGAACCCGGAGAGGGUAGUUCAUGCGUUCAUGUUCAUAGAUGUCAGAGGACUUUACAGAUGAAGUGACCUUUGAACUGGGUUCUGAGGGAUGAGUAGGAGUUUCCAGAUCAAUGGGGGUUGGAAGGUAUUCCAAACAAAAGGAUGAAAGAGAAUUUCACCAAGUUGGGUGGAGCCAAGGGUAGGAGUUGAGGGAGUGGGAGAAGUAGCUGAGAAACCAGGCAGAGGGAAAUCCAAACAGCCCUUCUUUGCCAGGUUAAGGGUAUCAAGGUGCCAUCUGAUGCAAAUAGCAAAACAUCCAGAUUCAAACCAGCUUGAAAAGGAAGAUUUAGUAUCCCGCAAAGCAGGAAGUUCGGGGGUAUGGCAGGCUCUGGGGUUGGUUAAUUAAGCGUUCAGUGACCUCAGUGAGGACUUAGGAUCUUUCCAUCUCUUUGUUCUAUUGGCCCCAGCAUUGGCAACAGCCUUGGGUUGGUUCUCUCUGCUCACAAUUGUCUGCCUAAAGUGCUCGGGCCUCUCUGCACUUCAUGUUGUCAGAGAGAGCGUGGCUUUCUGCGUCUCUCUCCCCGAAAGCAAGGAAACUUCUCCAGCACCCUCCCCUUCGUGACUUCCCCAUUCUUCAACCUGUCCCCUUGGGGAAGUGGGUGGGGGAGUCCCCAUAGAUCAGUCAGACCCAGAGCUGGGGGCGGGGCCAGCUCUUCCCUGGGUUCCUGGACAAAGUGGGGGUCCAUUAGCGAAGACAUGAGUUGGGUCUUCAUGAAGUGGAAGGUGAGGAGCCACUGAACUGCUUUAAGUAGGGAAGUGACAAGAUCAGAUUUGUGUUUUUUUUAAAGAUCAUUCCGACAGCUUUGCUGAAGAGAGAUUUGAGCAGGGCUGGCCCAGGAGCGGGGAGCCCUGGUAGGAAAAUGAGACAUGAAAGAGGGAAACACGAUAAAGCCAUGUUUCAUCUUCACAGCCUGACCGCCCCCCCCCCCCAACCCCAUCUACCUUUCUUGCUUCACUUCACUCAUUCCUGCCACACGCGCCCCCUUCUCUUGUCUCCCGCCAUGUAAGCCUUCCUUUGUGCCGCUAUUCUGUCUGGAAUACUCUUGUCCAUAUGCUUUUUUUUUUUUUUUUUUUUUUUGCGGUACGCGGGCCUCUCACUGUCGUGGCCUCUCCCGUUGCGGAGCAGAGGCUCCGGACGCGCAGACCCAGUGGCCAUGGCUCACGGGCCCAGCCGCUCCGCGGCAUGUGGGAUCCUCCCGGACCGGGGCACGAACCCACGUCCCCUGCAUCGGCAGGCGGACUCUCAACCACUGCACCACCAGGGAGGCCCUGUCCAUAUGCUCUUCUGCCCUUUUGCCUGGUCAGCUCUCUCUCAGCCUUCAGAUCUUUUUAAUUAAUUAAUUAAUUAAUUUUUUGGCUGCAUUGGGUCUUCAUUGCUGUGCGGGCUUUCUCUACUUGUGGCGAACAGGGGCUACUCUUCGUUGCAGUACACAGGCUUCUCAUUGCAGUGGCUGGCUUCUCUUGUUGUGGAGCACGGGCUCUAGGCGCGUGGGCUUCAGUAAUUGUGGCACAUGGGCUCAGUAGAUGUGGCUUGUGGGCUCUAGAGCGCAGGCUCAGUAGUUGUGGCACACGGGCUUAGUUGAUCUGUGGCAUGUGGGAUCUUCCCAGACCAGGGCUCAAACCCGUGUCCCCUGCAUUGGCAGGCAGACUCUCAACCACUGUGCCACCAGGGAAGCCCCAGGAUAUGCAUUUUUUAAAAUAUAGAAGGCUGUAGAAGCUUGGCUUGGUACUCAUUAAACUCAUUAUCACGCCCUGGGGAUCUCCAGCUUAGCCUUCAUAUCUGGGCAAAAUGUUGGGGUCCCAACCCAGGCCCGAGUGCCCUCCCCUCUGCCCCCUACCACCCCUCCCCCAACCCUGAUUGCAGUAGGACAGCCUAGCCAAGGAGGGGGCAGCCUUCUCUAUCUAGAGAACUCUUGUCUUGAUUUCGGAGAGCAGUAGUGAGUGGUGGCGUGAAGCAAGAUCUUAACUCCCUGCCCAGGAAUUGAACCUGGGUAGCCUGGAUAAAAAACAGGAAUCCCAGCCACCACACCCCCUGGCUCUUGUCCCCAGUGAAAAAUGCAUUUCUCACAGAGGCAAGAGCUGUAAAAACAGGUACAAAGUUUAUUAUUAGAGACAUAGCACAAAUGGGAGGGCACACAGAGAAACAGUUUGUUAAGACAGAAGCAAGGCAGAGAUGCCCCCAGAGAGAAAGGGUGUGGGCGUCCUCCCGAAUGAGGAGGCAUGCAGUAAAGAGGCGGUUAGGUCAUUUAUAUAGAGCAGUUCUUCCAGGUCUUUGUUUACCUUUGGCCAAUUACCUGGUUUCUCUUUCCACACCUGAUGCCCUAGGACCCUCCCCAACGUAUGUGUGCAACUUUUUUCCAAGAUGGAUUCCAGCCCAGGGGCCUAUGGGACGGCCUUAGCAUUACAUAUUAUGGGGUGGUGCCCCUCCUUUUGACCCCCAAGGAGCUUUUAUGUGCAUGUGCAGUGUUUCCCUUGCCCCAAGGAUGGGAAAUGUAUGACCGCUUGAUCUUUUAACAGGGUUUAGUCCCACUCUGUCCCUGCCAUAAAAAUGUUCAAUGUCUGACAGAUGCAGAGAACAAACGUAUGGACACCAAGGGGGGAAAGUAGCGGGGAGGGGAGGUGGUGGUGGUGUGAUGAAUUGGGAGAUUGGGAUUGACAUAUCUACACUAAUAUGUAUUAAAUGGAUAACUAAUAAGAACCUGCUGUAUAAAAAAACAAAAUUCAGGGCUUCCCUGGUGGCGCAGUGGUUGAGAGUCCACCUGCCGAUGCAGGGGACAUGGGUUCGUACCCCGGUCCAGGAAGAUCCCACAUGCCGCGGACCGGCUGGGCCCGUGAGCCAUGGCCGCUGAGCCUGCACGUCCGGAGCCUGUGCUCCGCAAUGGGAGAGGCCACAGCAGUGAGAAGCCCACGUACUGAAAAAUAAAAAAUAAAAAAUAAAAUAA